UGAUGUCGGCGUCUUCUGAAGCAGAAAGGGAGGAGUUGGGUUACCAGUAUUCUCCCAGUCGGUGGUCCACGCGACUCCCCGCAGGCGUGGUAGUGGACGCUCACUCGGAGGCCAUCAUUGCAGCCACCAAGACGGCUCGCGAGACGCUGCAAUGUGACCUGGGAAUAGAAUACUUUGAUGUCGGCGUCUUCUGAAGCAGAAAGGGAGGAGUUGGGUUACCAGUAUUCUCCCAGUCGGUGGUCCACGCGACUCCCCGCAGGCAUGGUAGUGGACGCUCACUCGGAGGCCAUCAUUGCAGCCACCAAGACGGCUCGCGAGACGCUGCAAUGUGACCUGGGAAUAGAAUACUUGGAACCUGGGGGUCCGGUGCUGGAUAUCUACCACCCACAAUCCACCUCAGGUGCCCUAGGAGAUGUGGUGUUCGUUUGGUACCACGGAGGCUAUUGGGUGGCAUUUGGGGUGGGGCAUGCUGGGGUGGCAGCUGUCCCUCUGACCAAACAUGGAGCCACCGUGGUUGCCGUUGGAUACACUCUGGCACCCAAAGCUGACAUGACAAGAAUCGUGCAAGAGUGCAGGGAGUCCGCCGUCUUCCUCCGUAAGAGGUUUCCUGAUAAAAGGAUAUUGUGUCGGGGCGGUCAGCUCAGCACGCACACUGUGCGAGCGUACCAAGGCGACCACUUGAAUGAUCACAGACUGAACCACAGAUGGGUGCGUUAACGGGACAGACUACACGUGGGAUAGGUGUGAUUACAGCCCUGAACCGCUAAAGAGAUGUCACCUGCGAUGAGGACCUCAUUUCACACUGGAAGAGAUCAGUCAGUUCAGCCCCCUGCUACAGGCUGACAGACUGGCAAAACUGCCCUCCGGUUUCAGGUGCCUGGUGGCCAGAGGAGAGGAGGAGAGUUCAGAGUUCGAGAAACAGUCCCAGGAAUUCAUUCAGAAACUGCUGGAACACGGUGUUGACCACACGAGUGGCGUGAUUAAAGGAUCUGACCAUUUUGAGUAUGCAGAGAAACUACAAGAAGAGGAAUACAUACUCACAGGGAUGAUGAUAAAGUUUAUGUCUCCAAAAGCUAAACCUCCAAAAUAGUAUAUAUUGCAAAUUUAUGCGAGUUAGCAUAUUGUAUAGCUAAUGUAUAAUAAAUGCUGUCACACACGAACAUGUAAAAAUACUAACAUUUCGCACUUGAACAUCAUUCAUUCAUUAUUGCAGUGUACAUAUAGCAUUGUCUACAGUAACGAUAGAAGUGAACUGGUC